CUCAACCAUUGGGUAAUUGAUAUAGAACUUUGUGAGACACUUUUCUCUCACCCUCCCUAAAACAUUCACGACUGCUAUCAGAACAUCAAAAUGGCCAUCACAAAGAUCCACGCGCGCUCCGUCUACGACUCCCGUGGUAACCCCACCGUUGAGGUUGACAUUGUCACCGAGACCGGUCUACACCGCGCGAUCGUUCCUUCUGGAGCCUCCACUGGCCAGCACGAAGCAUGCGAACUCCGCGAUGGAGACAAGUCGAAAUGGGCGGGCAAAGGUGUCACCAAAGCCGUCGACAAUGUGAACAGCAUCAUUGCGCCAGCACUCAUCAAGGAGGGGAUUGAUGUCAAGGACCAGACCAAAGUCGAUGGUUUCCUGAACAAGCUUGAUGGGACGACCAACAAGACAAAGCUGGGUGCGAAUGCUAUUCUGGGCGUAUCGAUGGCCAUUGCGAAGGCUGCUGCUGCCGAGAAGGGCGUCCCACUCUACGCACACAUCUCAGAUCUGUCUGGUACUACUAAGCCAUACGUGCUCCCUGUACCUUUCAUGAACGUUCUCAAUGGUGGCUCUCACGCUGGUGGGCGACUGGCUUUCCAAGAAUUUAUGAUUGUGCCCUCUGCUGCGCCUACCUUCACCGAAGCUAUGCGAUGGGGCGCCGAGGUUUACCAAAAGCUCAAGUCUCUUGCCAAGCAGAAGUACGGCCAGUCCGCUGGCAAUGUCGGUGACGAGGGUGGUGUUGCCCCCGACAUCCAGACCGCGGAGGAAGCCCUUGACCUCAUAUCUGAGGCCAUUGAAGCUGCUGGAUACAAGGGUAGGAUGAACAUUGCCAUGGACGUUGCUUCCAGCGAGUUCUACAAAGCCGACGCCAAGAAGUACGAUCUGGACUUCAAGAACCCUGACAGCGAUCAAUCCAAGUGGAUCACGUAUGAGCAGCUCGCGGACAUGUACAAGUCGCUUGCAAGCAAGUAUCCCAUCGUGAGCAUCGAGGACCCCUUCGGCGAGGAUGACUGGGAAGCUUGGAGCUACUUCUUCAAGACGUCUGACUUCCAGAUUGUUGGUGAUGACUUGACUGUUACCAAUCCUAUUCGCAUCAAGCAGGCCAUUGAUGACAAAGCUUGCAACGCUCUCCUGCUCAAGGUCAACCAGAUCGGGACGAUUACCGAGGCUAUCCAGGCGGCAAAGGACUCGUAUGCUGCAGGCUGGGGCGUGAUGGUCUCUCACCGAUCUGGCGAGACUGAGGACGUUACCAUUGCCGACAUCGUCGUCGGUCUUCGGUCUGGUCAAAUUAAAACUGGUGCCCCUGCUCGAUCUGAGCGUCUUGCGAAGCUGAACCAGAUCCUUCGUAUUGAAGAGGAACUCGGCAGUAACGCAGUGUAUGCCGGCGAGAAGUUCAGGACAGCCGUGAACAUCUGAGAGCUUACCUCGGGGCCCGAAUACCCCAGACUAUUGAUGUGGAUGAAGUGACGACUUAGCACACGACUUGUGACAAGGUAGGGACUAGAUAGAAAUAAAAAUGGAAGCAC